UUGCUUAAAACAUUGGAAUAUACAGAUCACAUACAACACCUUCCUUUAAGAAUUAAAAUAUGUAGUUAUAAUUGGAGCUUUUCUCAUUAUUAUUAUUAUGGGCGCGUACUGGUUUUAGUGCGUCACGUCACAAGCUCACAGCUGUGCUAGUGAAGCGCUCUGACACGUUGAGCUACAUGAGCGCGCGCUCAGGACAGAGGUGUACCGAACCUGCUCCUGGAAAGCUGUCUCUUCUUGUUUAUUUGGGGAAAUAGUUGAAAAUAAUGCUUUAAAAUGAAUCCACUAGAAAAGGGAAGAUAUACGAAGCGAACCGUGUUAUGUGAAUUGGGAUUCGUCUAUCUUGCGCUGAUAAGCGUGGCGUGGUGCUCCAUAUCUGACAGGAAAGCAUGUCAGGGAACCAGUAAUAAGCUUACUCUACUAGGACAACCGGAUGACCAUUACAGGACCAUAGCACGGAUGUACACUAACUGUACAGUAGUGCUAGAGAACCUGGAGAUAACUUACAUCCAAGAGUACCACGACCUCUCCUUCCUUAGGAGCAUUGAGGAAGUUGGUGGCUACGUUUUAAUAGGACUAAAUUACGUAAGUAUGAUACCUUUGGAAAACCUGCGGCUCAUUCGUGGACAUACUCUCUUUGAUAACAAAUACGCCCUAGCGGUGAUGUCAAACUAUCACAGGAACGAUUCCUCGGAGAACAGUAGCAUCACCGGCGGGUUGAGAGAGCUUCCACUGAUAAACCUCACAGAAAUUCUCAAAGGUGGAGUUAAGAUAACUCAUAAUCCUUUGCUUUGCCAUGUGGAGACUAUACAGUGGUUGGACAUUGUACAAAUCAACAAUAAUGUAAAUGUCUCAGGGGGAACAGACCCUCAAUGCAGACAGUGUGACCCAGGAUGCAACGGAUCAUGUUGGGGCCCAGGACCAGAGAGCUGCCAAACCUUGACACGGUUGAACUGUGCCGAACAGUGCUCACGGAGAUGCAAGGGUCCCAAACCCAUCGAUUGCUGUAAUGAGCAUUGUGCUGCAGGAUGCACUGGACCCAAACCAACAGAUUGUCUGGCCUGUAGAGAUUUCCAGGAUGAUGGGACGUGUAAGGAUUCAUGUCCACGUCUAAUGUUAUACAACCCAAACGCUCACCAGCUUGUUCCCAAUCCAGACGGGAAAUACAACUUUGGUGCAAGAUGUGUAAAGAGGUGCCCUUACAACUUUGUGGUGACCGAUCAUGAUGCCUGCGUUCGGACGUGCAGUGGGAACAUGCAUGAAGUGGAGGAGAACGGAAUAAGGAAGUGUAAAAAAUGUGACGGCUUGUGUCCGAAAGUCUGCAACGGUCUUGGAAUGGGAACUCUUGCUAAUGUCAUAUCAAUCAACGCGUCUAACAUCGAUUCUUUUAUUAACUGCACUAAAAUAAACGGGCAUAUUACAAUAAUGCAGACGACAUUUCGAGGGGACCCUUUUACAAACACUCCAAGCAUGGACCCGGAAAAACUGGACUAUUUUAAGACAGUAAAGGAAAUUUCAGGGUUUCUGCUAAUCCAGGAUUGGCCAGAAGACUUUAAUUCACUCAGUCCCUUUGAAAACCUGGAAAUUAUCAGAGGAAGAACCAAACAGCAUGGCACUGUCAGUUUUGCCGCCCUGAAUAUUUCUCACCUUAAACAUCUCGGCCUGCACUACCUGAAGGAAAUCAGCGAUGGAGACGUGGUCAUUAAGAACAACCGCAACCUGUGUUACAUGGACGGCAGCUACUGGCAGAAGUUGUUUCGAUCGGAGAAACAGCACAUACGAAUGGACAACAAUGCACCCAUUGACAGCUGUGUGAAGCAGAAUCGGACCUGUGACAGUAUGUGUGGAGAUGAAGGCUGUUGGGGCCCGGGGCCGUCUAUGUGCGUAUCCUGCCAGCAUGUGAGCCGUGGAGGGCGCUGUGUCAGUCAAUGCAACCUGUUAGAUGGAUCACCACGUGAGUUCAGGUCAGAAAACGUCUGUUUGGAAUGUGACCCGGAAUGCAAGGUUCUGAAUGAGACCCAAACCUGCUAUGGACCGGGAGCUGAUAAAUGUUCUGAGUGUGCUCACUUUAAAGAUGGUCCGCACUGCGUUGCUCGCUGCACACAAGGUGUGCCCGGCGUUAAUGGCCAACUUGUGUGGACGUACCCAGACAAAAACAGACAGUGCCAGCCAUGUCACGCCAACUGCACCCAGGGGUGCAGUGGACCCGGACUGGAAGGUUGUGAACCUAAAGGCUCUAAUGUGCCUGUCAUAGUGGCUGGUAUUGUCGGUGGCAUGUUGCUGAUCAUGGUCCUUCUGCUCUUCAUUUUCAUCAUCAUCCGUCGACGGCACAUCACACGGAAGAGGACCCUACGACGUCUCCUGCAGGAGAGAGAGCUGGUCGAACCUCUCACUCCAAGCGGUGAAGCCCCCAACCAGGCACUUCUGCGCAUCCUUAAAGAAACAGAAUUUAGGAAAAUAAAAGUGCUUGGAUCUGGAGCAUUUGGCACUGUUUAUAAGGGCUUAUGGGUUCCAGAAGGAGAAGAUGUGAAAAUUCCUGUUGCUAUUAAAGUUUUAAGAGAAGUAACAUCUCCAAAGGCCAACAAAGAGAUCUUAGACGAGGCUUAUGUAAUGGCCAGUGUUGAUCACCCUCAUGUCUGCCGUCUAUUGGGAAUCUGUCUUACCUCCAGCAUCCAGCUCAUAACUCAGAUUAUGCCUUUCGGAUGCCUGUUGGAUCAUGUUCAGGAGAACAGGGACAAUAUUGGCUCACAGAUGCUGUUAAACUGGUGCGUUCAGAUCGCUAAGGGAAUGAACUACUUGGAAGAAUGUCGCCUGGUCCAUCGUGAUUUAGCAGCCAGGAAUGUGCUGGUUAAGACUCCUAACCAUGUAAAGAUCACUGACUUCGGCCUGGCCAGACUACUGGGUGCAGAUCAGAAAGAGUAUCACGCUGAUGGAGGGAAAGUGCCUAUAAAGUGGAUGGCACUCGAGUCUAUACUUCACUGGAAAUAUACUCAUCAAAGUGAUGUUUGGAGUUACGGUGUCACCAUUUGGGAGUUGAUGACAUUUGGAUCCAAACCUUAUGAUGGGAUUCCAGCCAGUGAGAUUGCAGAUAUUCUGGAGAAAGGAGAGCGCUUACCACAACCUGCCAUCUGCACUAUAGAUGUGUACAUGAUCAUGGUCAAAUGUUGGAUGAUUGACGCUGACUGCAGACCUCACUUUUGUGAACUUGUGACAGAGUUCUCAAAAAUGGCUCGAGAUCCCUCUCGUUACCUUGUCAUUCAGGGCGAUGAGAACAUGCAUCAGCCGAGCCCAACAGAUUCAUCGUUUUACAGGUCUCUGAUCAGUUCAGAAGACAUGACCAGUGUGGUUGACGCAGAGGAAUACCUGCAACCCAACAAGAGAUUCUUCAGUGGAUCACAAAGGUCACAAUCUCACUAUCACAACACUCCGGAUGAUUAUAAAAACAGCCUGGUUAUGCGUUACAUAACGGACCCAACACAAAAAGACCUCAUGUUGCCAGAAUAUGUGAACCAGGACGUUCCCACUCCAAGCACCAUGGUGAACCCAAACUACGAGUGCCUGGCCCACAUACAGACAGAGAACGGUUACACAGGCGCCAACGGGACCAAACCCGAGGGUCCCGAGUAUUUGAACACGGCCUGCUCCACUUUACCAAGCUCCUCAUGUGCCAAUCUGGAUAACCAGGACUACCAGCAGAGCCUUCUGCCAACUUCUCCAUCUGACGUUCGGUUCCUUCCUGCAACGGAAACCCUGCAGUACCUCGGACUCGGCACAGCGAUGCAGUCUCAUCUACCGUGAGGACGGAUCUGAAUUCAUGUGUCGUUGUGAGAACGUCGCUCCAGACACGCUUGAAGGCAUCUGCUGUGAUGUGUUUGUUCUUGAUAAAGAGGUAUGUUUGAUUAGACAUUAAGCUGUGAGUAACGUGUUGAAUGUCAAGCCAGAAAACAUUUCAGUAUUUUCACCGAAUGAAUGGAAUAUGUAAUAGUGAUGGAUAGUUUCGGUCUUUGGGCCAGAUUUACUAAACAGGGCCAAUCAGCGUGAGACCACAAUUUCAAAAAUGUGCCAAUGGGUUCCCCCCACGUUUCGCCUCUGCCCAUUUUUUGUUAUCCGAGAGUGACACACGAUGAGGUGCUGCCAAGUUGGCGACGACUGGCUCCACCCACUUUGAGCUUCAAAAAUGCUCUUUAGGCCCUUUCCCAAAUGGCACACUCCGUACUUGUGGAUUUUCUCAGAGUCCAUACUUUGAUGACAUCAUCUGGUACAGACCUUAGGGCAGGGGUCCCCAAACUUGUUCCUGGAGGGCCAGUGUUCGUGCAGGAGGGCCAGUGCAGGAUUGUUGACCCUUAACACGAGUCCACGAGAGCACACCGGAGCCGUAUUUUGGGACUCGAGUGUCACGCCGGAAAUAGGAAGAGAAGUGGUAAACUCCUCCCAUCCGUUGUCUGAUUGCUCUUUCGCAAGGACUUCUGGGUUUCGGACUUCGGCGAAGUAGAAAUGACAGAUGGGACUCCCUACGGAUUAUGCGAGCACAUGCAAUUUAAGGCCACAAGACCGAAAGUCCACAUGAAGUGCGCCAUUUAGGACAGGACCAUAGAAACCUACAGGUUAUGUCACGGACACUACGUCCCUGUUUUAUACAGUCUAUCAGUGAUGCGCGGGUUGAUCCAAAAUGAGCGCGUGUCUGCGGUCACCCACGGUUACAAGUCAUCCAAAAAUAUUUUGAAUGAUAUUUGGGUCGCAGUUGGUCAGGUUGUUUGAUGCCAAUUAACUAUUUUAAAGAAUUACUACUUUUAAAAAGGGCUGGGUAUUGGCAAGGGCCUCACGAUACGAUACGUUGCAUGUUGCGAUACAUUAACUCAUUUACCGUCAGCCUUUUUGAGAAAAGUUGCCCACCUGCAUUUUUGUGAUUUUAACAAAAGUUUCACAAAAUACCUUGCAGGAAAAACUAUCUUCUAUAAAUAUAUAAACAUACAAAAUAUAUCAAAUUAAAGAACACACCCUCUGCUUUCAAACAAACAAUAAACAAACAAACAAAAUGGGGAAAAAACGUUUCAUUAUA